AGCAAUGCGCGGUGCCCGCGGCGCCGCCGCGCGCCGCGGCCACCGGUGCGGCGCCUGGCUGUGGGGAGCCGCCGUCGCUCUUGUUCCAAGCUGCCGCGCGGCGGCGGCCGCGACGGUAGCCCCCGCUGCUGGGACCACUUCGCGAGGAGUGACAUCCCCGACGAACGCGACUCCGGUUGACACGGUCUCGGCAGUCAUGGUUACCGCCAAUGCGUCGGCCGAGGCAUCGAUGGGUUCGGCGGCAGGCACGGUGGUCGGCGGGACAACCAGUGCGACUUCAGCCAGCGCGGCCAAUGCGUCUACAGGCGGCGCCCGGGCGCCGGAGGACUGCUCGAGGUACCCCGACUGCCCCGUCGACUGCACCAAGUGCAAGCAGGCAAGCGGCCCCCGCGCGCGUGCAGUGCUGCCGCAUUUCCAAGGGGGCAGGCGAGUCGAAGCGAUGUGUGCCCUCCUGGCAUCCUUGAGGUGGAGGAGCAGAGCGAGGCAUUACAACUUUGACGCGCGUCGGCUCUACAGAUGGUGCAUCGUGUGCAGGCAGCCCUGUCGCCGGGGCCCUUCAAAGGGGUACUGUCGUCGGUCGUACGAGUGCCGCGUGGAUGAGGGUUUUCGGGGUCGUCACAUGGAGCGUUCCGGUCUUACGUGCCACGCGGUCUGAUUUCAGCGCGG